UAACGGCUACCAAAACCAGCCCCCAAAAUUUAACCCAUCAAAUCCCAACUGGCAAUUCCCAAUUGCUCUGAUAAACUCAGACUCACUCCCAUAAAUCUUUCUCUCUCAAAUUCGAAGCAUUCAGAUCUCGAAUCUGAACCCUAAUUCUUUCUUAAGAGCUAAUUUUACAUGGCUUCCAACAACCCCGACCUCACCAAAACCCCUAAACGCCGCUCCAACACAUCGCGAAAGGUCCGACUCGUGGCGAAGAUCGGCGGCGUUGCAGAUCCGGCGGCCGAGGUUUCCGGUGGGGUGUCGUGGAUCUCGGUGAACAAGCCCGCCGGAGAGGCGUCGGACAGUGUCACUCUCUCUUUCAGAGACCAAUCAGCGAGCCGUAAAGAGUCUUAUGAAUUGGACAAUUGCUAUGACCAAAAUGAGGAUAAUGGCCUAAUUUUUUCAAGAGAAGUAAAGCCUUUAAUUCCUGGAGUUCUGGAGGGCUGUAAUGCCACUGUCAUUGCUUUGGGAGCUAGAGGUAGUGGAAAGACUAGCUUAAUUCAGGGUUCGAGUGAGAAACCAGGUUUGGCAACAAUGGCAACCGAUGAAAUUAUUUCAAUGGCUGAGAAAAACGGAUGUUCAAUUACUAUAUCCUCAUAUGAGGUUUAUCAGGACCACAUUUAUGAUAUAUUGGAUCUAUCACGCCCAGAAGUUUUGGUUCUGGGAGACACUCAAGGAAACAUUCGGCUUAAAGGACUUUCUCAGGUGCCUGUGAAGUCCAUGUUGGAAUUUAACAAACUGUAUGUUAGUGGGGGUACUUCCCGUAAACCAACACCAAAGGGACCAGCUGAACUUUCUCGUAGAUGCCAUAAGGGAUUGAUAGUAUAUGUAUCAUCUCAAAGAGAAAAUUCAGAUACCCUUCAAGUCAGCAAGUUAAACUUUAUUGACUUAGCAGGUUAUGAAGAUACAAGAAGGAAGAGCAUUGACUGCAUUAAUCAUGUUGAGAGCAGUAAAAUCAAUAAGUCAAUCUAUGCCAUGAUCAAUGUUGUUAAUGCAGUGAGUUCCAAUGGAAACCAUGUGCCUUAUCGGGAAAGCAAACUCACACAUUUAUUGCAAGACUCCCUGGGAGGGAUGAGUAGAGUUCUGACAAUCACUUGCUUGAAACCGUCAUUUUGCCAAGAUUCUAUUUACAUGGUAAGCUUGGUGUCUCGCUCUUCUCAAAACACCAAUCAGGCUGUCACAGUCUCAACAAAGAAAAUUAAAGGUCUGACAAGAUCAGAAGUGCGUUCAUCACAGAAGGGCCAUGUAUCCAUGACUACUUCUGCUAUAGCAAAGAAACAAACUGUCUCCCGAGUGCCUCUUUCUGAGAAGAAAGUCAGUGGGCCUCUUUCUUCCAAGAAAGCAAAUAGUAGUAUGACUUCCGCAUUGAAAGGAAGGAAACUAUUUGAUGAAAGAGGUCGUUUGACCAAAUCAAUGAAGGCAAGUGCUAUGUCAGAUAUUGUCUCAACCAUUGAAACUUCUGUAGCUGAUAAGGAAGAGACCAUUUCAAAUGUUCCUGAAGGAACCGAGCAGCUUAAAUCUGAGAAUCCAUCAUCAAAUGCUUUGAAUCCCGUAGAACCUGCAUCUCUUGUGGUAAAGGACGAAUUAUUAUCAGAUGAUCCAAAGCAUGCUGAACAUUCUUUGAAGGAAGAAAAGGAGCAUUUGCUAUUGGAUGAUCCAAAGCAUGCUGAAGAUAAUUCAAUUGCAGAAAAGGAUGUUUCUGUGAAUGGUGAUGGCCCUACUGAGGAAGUUAAUCCUAGUGACAAUAGCAGUAGCAGAUAUGCAUUGGCUUUAGUUGAAGAAGUCUCUUUUUCAACAGUUCAUGACAUGGAGAAGGAAAACAAUAACUUCCCAGACAACGAAGAUGCAUCACCUCCAAUCAGUGCACGAUUACAAGAAUUGGCAUUAAAAAUGAAAUCACUUUGUUCUUCAACUCCAUUGUGCAUUACGAUGCCAGAGGAGAAAGAUACUUCAUCCAAUAACUUCCUCUGUACUGACAUCGUGGAAUCAAACGCCCCAGUUGCCAGUCAGGAUUUAAGCCACAAUGAUAGUUGGGAGGUUGCAAAUGUCAACAACAUCAAGGAACCAAAGACUCCAGUUGUGGAACCAAAAACCCCAGUUGCUAAUCAGGAUAUAAAACACAAUGACAGAUGGGAGGUUGCAAAUGUCAACAGCCCUUGGGAAACGUUGAGUGUCCGCAGUACUGGUGUCAAGCAAUCUCUUGUUCAAGAAUAUCUUAGCUUCUUAAACACCGCUAGCAAGGAAGAUCUGAAAAGAUUAAAGGGAAUUGGAGAGAAAAGAGCAACAUACAUACUUGAUUGCCGUGAAGAAACUCCCGAGCCCUUCAAGAGUCUUGAUGAUUUACAAGACAUUGGACUUUCAGUGAAGCAGAUUAAGAACUUGAUGAAGAAAGCAGGAGGAGGGCUUUUCGAUUAGUGACCUUUUGGAGAAUCUCCUUUCUCUGAUUGCAUUUUCUUUUAGUCUGUAGAGUGUUCUGUAUCACAAGAACGAAUGUCGAUAUAGCAAUAUUAUAUUGCCUUGAAAUUUCGUGUAAUUUGCUUUACUGUAAUGGUAUAUCUGUUCAUCUGUGUUUCACAACCAUGCCAAAUCGAUCAUCAUUAAAUUUUACCCUCAUUCUUUAUGAAUCCAUCUGUUAUA